AGCAAACAGCAGCAGCAACCGCAAGAGGGACCCACUCCCUUUUCUCUCUCCUCUUUCUCAGUUUCUCUCUAUCAUUCAUUCACUCUAUAAAAUCACUUUUUCGUUACAACGUAUCUCCGACUCUCUCCUCACACACACUCUCUCUACCUCUCUCCCCUCUGCGGUUUGAACUUUGAUUUGAGAAGCUUGGUAAAAAUUUAAGGAAUUUCAACAAUGGCGGUUUCUUCUAAUACAUGCCUCGCUUCUCUCUCAUCUCUUAUGCUUCUUCUCCUUUUCGUCACUCUGGCCGUCGCUUCUCGCACUGCUCCUAGGUCAGAAGAAACAGGGGAGUUUCAGAGCUUGAAGAACACAACAAUGGCGGAUAAGUUGGAGGAGAUUGAUACAUUUAAUGAACAUGCUGUGGCUGACCCAGAAGAGGUUGUUGCCUUGGUUCACAUGAGUAUCCAGAACAGCACUCAGCGGAGGAAUUUGGGUUAUUUCUCAUGUGGGACAGGAAAUCCUAUUGAUGAUUGCUGGCGUUGUGACCGCAACUGGCACAAAAACCGUAAGCGCCUAGCUGACUGCGGUAUAGGCUUUGGCCGAAAUGCCAUUGGUGGCAAAAAUGGCCGAUUCUACGUAGUCACAGAUCCUCGUGAUGACGACCCGGUCAACCCCAGGCCUGGGACUCUGCGCCAUGCAGUUAUCCAGGAAGAGCCUCUCUGGAUCAUUUUCCAGCGUGACAUGGUGAUUGAGCUGAAGCAGGAGCUUAUCAUGAACAGCUUCAAGACAAUUGAUGGUCGUGGAGCCAACGUUCAUAUUGCUAACAGAGCUUGCGUCACAAUUCAGUAUGUGACAAACAUCAUCAUCCAUGGCAUUCAUGUCCAUGAUUGCAAACCCACGGGUAAUGCUAUGGUGAGGAGUUCCACUACUCAUUUUGGAUGGAGAACAAUGGCUGAUGGUGAUGGCAUCUCAAUCUUUGGUGCCAGUCAUAUUUGGAUUGAUCACAAUUCACUCUCAAACUGUGCUGAUGGCCUUAUUGAUGCUGUCAUCGGUUCGACUGCCAUAACAAUUUCCAACAAUCACUUUGCUCACCAUAAUGAGGUGAUGCUGUUAGGGCAUAGUGAUUCUUAUGUGAGAGACAAGGCAAUGCAAGUUACAAUUGCAUUCAACCAUUUUGGAAAAGGCCUCAUCCAGAGAAUGCCAAGGUGUCGCCAUGGUUAUUUCCAUGUGGUGAACAAUGAUUACACCCACUGGGAAAUGUAUGCAAUUGGUGGAAGUGCAGACCCCACAAUCAACAGCCAGGGAAACAGAUAUGCAGCCCCAGCCAACCCUUUUGCGAAAGAGGUGACAAAGAGGGUGGAGACAGCUGAAAAUAGGUGGAAGGGUUGGAAUUGGAGGUCUGAGGGAGAUCUCCUGUUGAAUGGUGCAUACUUCACCCCAUCUGGGGCUGGAGCCUCAGCUAGCUAUGCAAGAGCCUCAAGCUUGGGAGCUAAAUCAUCUUCCAUGGUCGGAACCAUCACAGCUAAUGCAGGCCCUCUCUCCUGCCGCAGGGGCCACCAAUGCUAGCCCUUGUUAUAACUCUGUGUUUAUAGGAAAGACUCCAAAUUUUCCUUUCUUUUCCUUUUCCUUUUCCUUUUCCUUUCCCAUUUUUGGUUUUCCUUCCAUAGAUUUUAUACCACCACAUAGCAUUGAUCCAUGAAGUCACCCUUUACCUUAUUGAACCAUUUCCCACAGUUCAUUGGCAAGUGUACAUUUUUUACACAUUGUCACCAUAUUAUUUGAUUGAAGCCUCAUUCAUCCAUUGUCAAAUCAAUCAUACUUUUUGGAUUGAAGCCUCAUACAUGAUAUAUCCACUGGUUGAAUCAAAUCUGUGUGGUUUUUAUUUUCUCAACCUCAGCCUGCUUCAUUCCAGAAGAAAUUUUUCGCGAUGACAGCAAGGUCAGAAGCGUUGUUCCUUUCUUCUUUUUUGUGUUUUUUUCACCUUUCCUUUUCGGAAUUCCCUCCGAAACAGAUCAACCCUCUUCCAAAAUUUUAACCACCUUUGCCUUUUUUUCUGAAGUGUCUGGUUUCUACAGUCCUUGUUUAUUUAUUUAUAGGAACUGGGAAUGGUUUGUAAUCUUCUUUUACUUUUCUUUUGUGAGUCUAAGUUACACAAAGUACUAGUAUGAAAAAAGUUACAAUUGUCAAGAAACCCAUAGAUUGAACUAUGGAAGUGUGUAUUGCAGAUUAGUACAGCAGAACCAAUUAAUUAAUUAAUUUCUUUA